UUCAUGGAGCUCUUGAAAAAGGUCAUCUUUCUGUCUCCCGCCACCCUGUUUUCAGCCCUAGAGCCGCAAGGGUGUUGCACAGACGAAGAAGAGCUAUGGAGUUCGAUUCUUCGCGUACUGAACCAAUGGAGUUGAAGGUGAGAGCGCUCUUGAAGGAGGUGCAGCUCGACUACACUCCUGCCACGACUAAACUUGUCGAUGGCGCUGUUGCGGCCAUCAAAGAAUCCAUUGAUAAAAUCCCUGAAGAUUUAGAGGUUACGGCAGAUUUAGCCCCGGGCUUUGUCAGGGACAUAGGCGCGGAUGCGCACAAUGUUGGAUUCAAGUUCAAAAGGCCAAAAUCUCUUGUGAUUGGUGGCAGUUAUCCUAUGCGUUGCAUUGCGAAGCCUGAUGUAAAUGUCGAUCUUUUCAUUAGGUUACCCAAGGCAUGUUUUGACAAGGAAGAUUAUUUGGAUUACUGCUAUCAUGCCAAACGGUGCCUUUAUCUGUGCAUAAUCAAGAAAUAUUUGAAACUUUCCUCAUUUGUAAAUAAGGUUGAAUGGUCCACCUUCCAGAAUGAGGCUCGAAAACCUGUUUUGGUUGUCUAUCCAGCUGUUAAGGCUGUUGAAAAUCAUGGGCUUUUUGUAAGGAUCAUUCCUACAGCAAAAUCCCUGUUUAAGAUUUAUAAGUUGAAGUUGAAACGGAACAGUUUUUGUUCUCUGAAGCUAGGGAUCACUUCUCUAGCUACACCAAAGUACAAUAGUAGUAUUUUGGAAGACAUGUUUCUUGAGGACAAUGCAGAAUUUGUCAAUAAAACUUUUUCAGGAUGGAAGGAAUUAGGAGAGGCUUUGAUUUUGAUAAAGGUUUGGGCUCGGCGGAGGAGUUCAAUAUACGCUUAUGACUGCUUGAAUGGAUUUUUAAUCUCUGUCCUAUUGGCAUUCCUUGCUACAGAAUCUGGAAAUAAUUGCAUUAACCGUUCAAUGAAGCCAAUGCAGAUAUUUCGUGUUACCUUGGACUUUAUUGCCACUUCAAAAUUAUGGGAUAAUGGGCUUUGUUUUCAGCUUCAAGGCCUAAAAAAUAUAUCAGAACAGUUCAGUAUGCAAUCAUUAUCUAUAUUGCAGAAAAGGAUGAAAUAUAAGCAGUCAUUCCCAGUGGUCAUAUGUGAUCCAUUUGCAUACUUCAAUUUCGCAUUCCGGAUGACAAGGAAUGGUUUUCUUGAGCUCCGAGAAGAAGCUGCUUUGACAAUUAGUUGCUUAUACAAGUGUAAAGAUGUUGGAUUCGAGAAGAUAUUUAUGACUAAAGUUGAUUUCCCUGCCAAAUAUGACUAUUGCAUCAGAUUGAACUUGAAGGGAAAUGCUGAGUUUUGCGCGUCAGGAUUUUGCUUGGACGAAGAGUGUUGGAGAAUGUACGAGCUGAAGAUACAUUUUCUUCUGCAUCAAGGGUUAAAAGAUAGGGCAAAGUCCAUACGUGUUACGUGGAGAAACACCCCUACAGACUGCAAUAUAGAGAAUGGUUUCUCAAUGUUCGAUAGAGAGCCGUUGCUUGUUGGAAUUUCAGUCAGCUCUUUAGACAAAGCACUUAGAAUGGUUGACAUUGGUCCUAGUGGUGAAAAUAAAGAGGAGGCUUUUAAAUUCCGUAAGUUCUGGGGAGAUAAAGCAGAGCUUCGGGGAUUUAAAGAUGGUACAACUGCUGAAAGCACAGUAUGGGAAUGCAAGCAGUGGGAAAGACAUCUUAUCAUAAAAAGAAUUACUGAGCAUGUUCUUUUGCAACAUCUUUCCAUAUCAAAAGAAAAUAUUGUGCAUGUUGUGGAUCAACUUGAUUUCUCUUUGCUUCACGGUGGUGGAGAUCCCAUAUCAUUUUCUGGAAGUUUGCUUGUGGCAUUUGAAGUUUUGUCAAAGCGUCUGCACCUUCUCCAAGACAUUCCAUUGCGGAUAUCUAGUGUGCAGCCUUUAGACCCAGCUUUUCGGUUUACUUCGGUAUAUCCUCCUGAACCUCAUCCCCUAGCAUACGAGAAGGGUGGUGUUUCAAAACUACAAAAGCUUACUUCAACAUGCAUUCAACCACUGGAAGUUAUGAUUCAGUUGGAAGGUUCUGGGAAUUGGCCAUUGGAUGAGGUAGCGAUGGAGAAGACUAAAUCUGCUUUCCUUAUAAAAAUUGGAGAAAGUCUCCAGAACAGUUGUGGAAUGACAUGUACUGCUACUGAGGAUGAUGUUGAUGUUUUUAUGUCUGGAUAUGCAUUUCGUCUUAAAAUUUUGCAUGAGAGAGGCCUGAGUUUGCUGAACAGGCAAAAUGGAAGUGAUAAAGGGAAGCAGGUCUUCUCUGCAGAUAAGAAACUUUUUUUCCGCAGCCAGCAUUCUAGCAUGAUCAAUGGUUUGCAAGGACGUUAUCCAACAUAUGGGCCUGUCGUUCGGCUUGCCAAGCGAUGGAUUGCUUCGCAUCUCUUCUCGGCUUGCUUAGUAGAGGAGGCAGUUGAGCUGUUGGUUGCAUAUGUCUUUUCAACACCAUUACCAUUUUAUGCUCCUCAUUCACGAGUCUCAGGUUUUUUGAGGUUCCUGCGGUUAAUUUCUGAGUAUGACUGGACUUUUUCUCCUUUGGUGGUUGACAUAAAUAAUGAUCUGACGCCAGAUGAUGAAAAAGAGAUUACUGAGAAUUUCAUGUCAAGUAGAAAGGCUUGUGAAGAAAAUGCACAAAAUUUAAACCCUGCAAUGUUCUUGGCCACAGCAUAUGACAGGGUAUCUGAAGCUUGGACCAGAUUCCCACCAAUAUCAUCUGAACUGCGGAGAUUGGUGGCCUAUGCUCGAAGCAGUGCAAACUUGUUGACCAAACUCAUAUUGCAGCAUCAAAUUGAUUCCUAUGGUUGGGAGUGCCUUUUCCGAACUCCUUUGAACAACUAUGAUGCAUUAAUUCUACUCCACAGGGACAGAUUGGCUUUCCCCCAGCGGCUUCUAUUCCCAUCUGAACCAAACCAAGGGAGGCAUGUGGCUAGUGGGAAUGUUAGCAAGGAUUUCCAUCCCUUCUUGCUGGCUGAAGACAUGAAGCGCCCCGAGGAACUGAAAUAUAAGCUAAUGGUGAACUUUGAUCCGCUGAGAUGCUUUGUUGGAGAUUUAGAGAAAGAGUUCCUGAAUGUGUUCAAGGUGUGGUAUGAUUCUCUGGGAGGUGAUGCUAUUGGCCUAACAUGGGAGAGAUCCCAGUCGAAGAAACGAGGACGAGAGGAGGUGGGAAUGGGCGGGGACAUAGAAGAUCCAGUUGGUGUGCUAAGAACUGUUGGUGAUGUUGGAAGAGGGUUUGUGAGGAGUGUUUAUUUUCUGAAGGCCCCUAGAGUUGGGAAUUAAGCAUAUAUAGUAUUUUUCAGGGUAGAGAAUCUUUGUUGUGACUGUAGGUUGUGCUCUUUUUGCCCUUUGUUUCUACAGGAUGGCACCAUAGUAUUUAUAGAGCACCGGGGUGGGUAUUGGGUAAUAGAUCAUUUUGUUUUUGAAUUAGGUCUGCGGGGAAUUGUAAUUUUGAGCUGAGUAGGGUUAGAAAAGAAUCAAACACUGUAUUAUCUAGUAUAAGUCCAUUCCUUUUUUCUAGGUGUAUGCUAAGGGAAACAUAUAGCUUUUGUCUUUUGUCCGGUUUAUGGAGUCCUUGGAUAAGGCCUUAA